AUGUACAAUUGUGCAACGGAUGAGGUUAUAUUAGGCGAUCAAAUAGGUCAAGGAAAUUUUGGCUUGGUAAACGUGGCGUACUUGAAAAGUGCCGGGCGAAAAAUGGCAGUAAAGAUUAGACGAUUAACCGGUGAUGAAGAGGAAGACUAUCACACUUUCAUGGAUAUUGAAGUGCCAUUACGAUCAAUACACUGUCCAUAUAUUGUUAACUUCUAUGGUUAUCAUAUAUUUGAGGCAGAAGCUAGAUUAUUUAUGGAGCUAAUGGUUACCAGCAUAGAUAAACUGUUACAACAGGAUAUUGAUUUUCCAGAAGCAGUUAUUUCUACAGUGUCCAAAUCGGUGCUUCAUGGCUUAGAGUAUUUAAACCAGCUGAAGAUAACAUAUCGUGAUGUGAAGCCAUCGAACAUUUUGGUCAAUGAAGUAGGCGAAGUAAAAAUUUGCGAUUUUGGUAUUGCCGGAACUUUCGAAGAUUCAAAUUGUAUAUGUACUUUCAAUCCUAAAUAUACCUUCAACAUUUUUCAGCCUGAACGAGUUCGCGGAGAUUGCUCCUAUAGCACUAAAGCGGACGUCUGGAGUUUGGGCAUCACCUUGGUAGAAAUUGCGAACAAGUGUAACCCCUAUCAAGGAAACUGGUGUACUGUUUGUUACGAAAUCUUGUAUGCAGAUCCGCCACGGCUUGAUUCACGCAUAUUCUCCAGCAACUUUUGCAACUUCGUUAACCAGUGUUUGUGUAAACGGGUUGAAGAUCGUCCGUCUUUUGCAGCGCUUUUGGUGACUGUUUAUUCCGUAAAUUUAGAAUUAGCAUCCGUAUAG